AUGCUAGAUCCCAUCACCACUGUUCAUCGCUUUGUAAUGACCGCAUGGCACAUCUGCUCAAAAAGGCCAAGUGCUGCGACACGACCGCUGCGUCCUUUGAUAAUUGGAGUGUGUUUUUAUCUCGGGACUUGGCGUUGUGCUCCAAUUCCGUAUCAGAGUGCAAUCCUUGUGGAGCAAAAUGUCCGGUGGUUGAUGGCCAUGUCUUAUCACUUCCUCGACCAAAAUGUCCUUUAGAAGC